AUGCAAAUGCAACAGCAUCUGGUCAGAGGGACUGUGCUUGGGAAUCUGCUCAUCAUCCUGGCCACAAUCUCAGACUCCCACCUCCACCCCAUGUACUUCUUCCUCUCCAACCUGUCCUUUGCAGACAUCUGUUUCAUCUCCACUACAAUCCCAAAGAUGCUCAUUAACAUCCAGACACAGAGCAGAGUCAUCACCUAUGCAGGCUGCAUCACCCAGAUGUGCUUUUUUGUACUUUUUGGAGGGUUAGACAGCUUACUCCUGGCUGUGAUGGCCUAUGACCAGUUUGUGGCCAUCUGUCAUCCUCUGCACUACACGGUCAUCAUGAACCCCCGGCUCUGUGGACUCCUGGUUCUGGCAUUCUGGAUGAUUGCUGCCCUGAAUUCCUUGUCACAAAGCUUAAUGGUGUUGUGGUUGUCCUUCUGCACAGACUUGGAAAUCCCCCACUUUUUCUGUGAACUUAAUCAGGUCAUCCACCUUGCCUGUUCUGACACCUUUCUUAAUGACAUGGGGAUGUAUUUUGCAGCAGGGCUGCUGGCUGGUGGUCCCCUUGUGGGGAUCCUUUGCUCUUACUCUAAGAUAGUUUCCUCCAUACAUGCAAUCUCAUCAGCUCAGGGGAAGUACAAGGCAUUUUCCAUCUGUGCAUCGCACCUCUCAGUUGUCUCUUUAUUUUGUUGUAAGGGCCGAGGUGUGUACCUUACUUCUGCUGCAACCCACAACUCACACACAAGUGCAACAGCCUCAGUGAUGUACACUGUGGCCACCCCCAUGCUGAACCCCUUUAUCUACAGUCUGAGGAAUAAAGACAUAAAGAGGGCUCUGAAAAUGUCCUUCAGAGGAAAGCAAUAA